CGCUUCCGGGACAGAUUGCUCAGUGGCGCAUGUUACCGAAUCUGAGAUUCUGUUCGCCAGAGUUUGCUUCCGGAUCUAACAGACGAAGUAAGACGAAGAGGAGGAGGAGAGUUAAACUGGAACUGAUCGUCGACUGUUUUACUAAAAGAAGCUUUCAGGACCAGGAAGGAUGUCUGUGACCAUGAGCAGGACCGACGGGGUCACCAUGUUCACUCUGACCUCUGACCCUGACAGCCGCUGGCCUCCGCUGUGCCAGAUCCUGAAGAGUCUUUGCUACAGCCCGGUGUGCUGCUCCGUGUCCCAGCAGCUGAGGACGGUCCUGAAGACGUCUCUGUCCGUCCUGGCGGCCGUCCACAUGAUGAUCGGGCUGCUGAACAUUGGCCUUGGCGUCAUCUACCAUCUGUCCUACUCUGCUCCUUACUUUUACUGGUUUACUUGUUUUCCCUACUGGAUGGGAUCUCUGUUCAUUGUGUUUGGCAUCAUGUGCAUUUUAUCUGAGAAGUAUCCAAGUCCAUGUCUGAUCAUCCUCAAUGUGUUUGUCAACCUGGCUGGUGCUGCUCUUGCCAUUGCUGCCAUCGUGCUCUACAGUGUGUCGGAGGGAAAUGUGUAUGUGUGGCUUUCCUGUGAUGACAGGCAGUACUACUACUACAGACGCACCACGCCAAGCCCAUCCGCUGAUGCUGCUUACUUUAAGGAGAAGUGCUUGGAGGGCAAAGCAAUGAUUCAGAUGCUUCUGAGGAGCAUCCUUGGGGUUCUGAUUGUCCUGUCGGUGGUGGAGCUCUGCGUCGCCAUCAGCUCCGCCGUGUUGGGGAUCAAAGCUCUGAGACGCACAGGCAAACAAAACAAGGCCUCUGAUGAGUCGGAGUAUUUCAAGCCGCUGCUGGAGGAAGUCACCACCGAGCCUGCAGUCUGAACGUCUUUCACUUCCUGUAAAGAUUAAUCCUACACUUUCAUCCCACGUAAAGGGUUAAAAUCUAUAUUAAUCAUUCACUUAUAAGCAGCUCAUGGUUUUUUAAAAAUACAACUUAUGCUUUUUCUAUUGUCUCCUGCACUUUUGUAUUAAAUGUCAAAUCAUUUUACUUUGAUUUUCCUGAUCAGUAAGAUGUUUUUUGUUCUUUUUUUAUUCUGAAAUCAGGAAAUAUUCAAUCAUGUACUGCAGGUGAUUUUUGUUGUUGUUGUAAUUGCAGAUUUCCACCACUAAAUAUGAAAAUAAAUGCAUGAAAAUGAU